AUGCUUCGUAAUUACUUCAAAACAAUCAUAAAUUUACCAGUUGCAAAUUAUGAUUUCGAUCCAGAGCUGUGUAUUGAUCAUCAUCCAGGUCUACUCAAUCUAGGAAACACGUGCUACAUGAAUUCUAUACUACAGCAACUUUACUCUCUCCCUAUUUUUCUCAAACCAUUCUUAGAAAAUGCGAAUUCAAAUCAAGGAUAUAAAGAACUUCAGAACAUCUUCUAUUCAAUGGCUUUUACGAGCUUUCCUGUAGUUACUCCUGAAGAAUUUAUAAAGAAAUUCGUAUGGCGUGAUGGUACAAAGAUAAACAUACAUGCCCAACAAGAUGCUUUCGAGUUUUUCCAAUAUUUUUUACAAAAAAGUGACAAUUUUGAUGCAUCUUCAAUUUUUUGUGGAUCUACAGUGAGUACGAUAUCAAACAAAGAAUUAAAUGUUAGUAAAAAGGAAUUUCAAAACUUCUAUGGCUUGAAUAUACCUGUUAAAAACAAUAAUUCGUUGAAUGAAGUUUUAGAAAAUUAUUCGAUGCCAGAAAAAUUAGAAGGAAACAACCAAUACUUCGAUGAGAAUCUAAAUAGAAUGAUUGAUGCUGAGAAGUCAACAUUUAUAUCAGAAUCCCCUCAAAUUUUGGUUUUUCAGUUGAUGAGAUUUUAUUAUGACAAAAAGAAGAAGACAGAAAUGAAAAUUAAUGAUGCCUUUUAUUUCCCUUCUGAAGUAGACAUCAGUAAAUGCUCUAUUGGUGUUGAAAAUACUAAAUACAAAAUUCAUGGAGUUGUAAUUCAUAAUGGAACCGCAACAGGCGGCCAUUACUUAUCAAUCAUCAAAUAUAAUGGUGAUUGGUAUAAGUUUAAUGACAAUAUUGUCACUAAAAUCUCUCAAAAAGAAUUUGAUAAUUUGACAAUUGGAAAUCCAAAGCAAAGAACAAGUGCGUACUUAUUAUUUUAUGUUAGAAAUGAUGUAGAACUUAAAGAUCCGCUCCUUGUAUGUCCUCCAAAGCUUCUUGAACAAGUUGAAAAAGAUAAUACUUAUUAUCAGAAGAUUAUUUUAGCUUUUUCUGAACCUUUCAUUUCUGUAUCAUUAAGAAUAUUGACUAGAGAUGAUUUCUUCAUGUAUUUCUUCAGAAUUUUGUCGCAUUCCAAAAGAUAUCAUUUAUUAUCUAAGAAAAUCAUGGCAAAAGUCAUGGAAGAGAAGUACGAAGUUAUUAUGAAGCGAAUUAAUGACAAUUUGCAAGUAGUUAUGGAUGUUUUUGCGCUUGGAUCUGUUGAAUCAAAAACAGUUUUCACAACAAUCAUUUCUAAUUCGAUGUAUCGAUGCGAAUCCCCUUAUUCAUUGAAUUUCUUCAAUGCAUUCUUUAAGAACGCACAGAAAAUACUGAAAUCGUAUAGAAAUGUUUCAUCUCCUUUCAUUGUAAUGAACAUUUUCUUGUCGAAAUCAAAAGAAAACAUCAAAAUUGCGAUUGAAGAAAAAUGGAUUCUGUUUCUUCUGAAUUUCAGCGCAAUUAUAUAUGACAAGAAACAAUCAGAUAGUUACAUAAAGAACGUUGAAACUCAAGAACUGUUUCUCUGCAUACAGAUGUUGAAAGAUUCUCUUGAUGAAGGAGGAAUAAAAGUUCUUCACAUCAUUGAACCAAGAGUUCAACUGAACCAGAAGAACUACGAACAAUUCGAGAAACUAAUGAAAGUUGUUGCAAAAAUUGAAGAAAACAUGAAAAACAUCAACCAAGAAACAUCUAAACAAAAUGAAGAAAAACAUUCUCAAGAAAAUGAUGAAGAUAAAUUUAAUGAAAAUCAAACUAAAGAAAAUGAAGAAAAAGUUCAUAAUGAAGAGAUUAAAUCUGAUGAAAAACAAAAUCAAAAUGAAGAAAAACAAGAUAAAUCUAAUGAAAAAGUAGAAAAUCAAACUAAAGAAAAUGAUGAAAAAGUUCAUAAUGAAGAGAUUAAAUCUGAUGAAAAACAAAAUCAUGAAAAUGAUGAAAAUAAACAAACUAAAAUUAAUGAAAAAGAUCAAAAUGAAGAAAAGAAAUCGAAUGUUGCAAGUUCUAAAAAUGAUGAAAAGUUUGUUUCAAGUUUAGAUUUUGUUUCUCUUUUGUUGACAGAAACUGAUGAAGAAAAGAUGAAACAAGCACUAAAGAAUGAGACAAUUGAUACAAAAGAAUACUUCACUAUGUUAGAAAAUCAUAAGGAAUUGUAUCCAGACAUUGCAAAGAAUUCACACAUUUUAGUUUUGGAUUAUUUGUUAUCAAAUCAUUUGGAAUUUAAUCAAAUUUGUUCAAAUUUCUGUCAAUUGUUACCACAACAAUUAUUGUAUCAGUCUUUCAUUAAAAAGAUUGAAAAAGAAAGCCAAUUUGUACUAGAAAACUACACAGAUAUUUUCUUUGAUCAAUUUAAUCAAUCUAUUUCUGAUGUUUCUCCAAACAAAACAAUCAUUAAUUUCAUUUCUAAUUUAAACAAAACAAAAAUAACAAAGAAACAAAAAUUACACAUACUUAAAUCUCUUUCUGUUUAUAAAGAUGAACAAACACAAAGUGAAAUUAAGAAAUGUUUAGAUAUUAAUGAUUUUUCAAAAGAAGAUUUCGUUGAAACAAUGAAAGAAAUCUUUAAUAUUUCAAGAGAAAUUUUCUUUGUUUAUUUGUUCGAUGAAAUCAAUUCUUCAAAUAUUUGGCGUUUCAAAUUGAUUGACGAAAUUAUUUCAGGAAUUGAUAUGACAGACAAAGAGAAGAUUAAUGGACAGAUGUGUCUUAUCAAUGCAUUCAAUAGAUAUGAUGAUUUUGAUGAAGAUUUCCAAUCAACUUUGAUUUCUUCUGCCAAAAAAGUUUUGAAAUAUUUCAUUUUGCCAUCGGAAAUCGAAGUUAAUUGCAAAGCUUUGAAGCAUAUUUUGUUGGAUUUGAAUGAAUCAGAACAAUUAUUGUUUAUUCCUUUCUUAUCUUCAUUCCAAAAGUUUGUUGAUUACAUGAAAAACAUUGAUGAAUUUGCUUCGAUUUCUUUGUUAUUAUAUCAUUGUUUUGACAAAAAAUCUCUUUCUGAUGAAGAAGUUUUCACUGAAUUCAUGAAUUGUUAUGACAAAUGUGAUGAUGUUGAUGAUUACAUUGAUGACUGCUCUUUGUUUAGCAUUGCUUUGAUGUUCAGUUACACAAACGCUUUCAUCAAUUUGACUUUGAAUUUGUUGCCGAAAACUGAUUUCGAUUUUCCAAAAGAAAAAAUGUUUUACGAAUUUUGUUUGGAGAAAAUGAAUGAUGAACAGAUCAAAUCAUUGAUAAACAGUUGUGAAACAACAAAGAAACCUUCAGAAAAAGGAUUCAAUCACGAAUUGAAGAGAAUCAUUUUCUUAUUUGAUCAUUUACCAAACCAUCGUAAUCUUAUUCAUGAAAAGAUUCAUUUCACGAAGGAAGAAUGUGAAUCAUUGCCAAAGAAACUAUCAAAGAAGAUUUCUGUCUUAUUUAAUUAA